AUGGACCACGACUCAAUAACCUCCCAAUCCCAACGCAAGAUCGAGCUCCAAUCCCCCGAAGACCUCUCCUACCUCAUAGCCAACGUCCGCAACGCCGCCACAACCCUCAUCAACCAAGCCUUCCCGCAACUCCCCUCCCAACCCCACGGCGAAGACGACCUCCGAAACCAAAUAGAAUCCCUAGUCCACGAGUACAUCAACAAAACAUUCGGCCUCGCCGCGCCAAACCUCUCCAUAAACGGCCUGCCCAUCUCCCCGGCCGACCUCACCACUACCCCCGAAACAUACGAACCAUUUGACGCGCGCAAACGCCAACGCGUCGCCGACCUGAUCGCCCAGGAAGAGAAACUCCUAGAGGAAGUAGCCGCGUUGAAGCGCUCCGUGCCUGCGGCCGCGGCGGCAGAACAGGCCGCGCGGGUGAGGGACGCGAUUCGGCGGGACGAGGAGGCGGUGGAGGGGACGGAGAAGGCGGUUGUUGAUAAGGCGAGCGAGGAGGCUGGGCUGCGGGUAGAUACGUUGGAGAGGCAGGAUGGUGUAGAGAGGGGGUUUAGGGAGGCGGUUGAGGUGUUGGGGCGGUUGAAGAGGGAUAUGCCUUCUGUGGUGGCGAGGAUGGAGAGGGCGAGGGUGGCGGGGGAGUAUGUUUUGGAUGCGAAGUGA